GAUACAUUCGUGGGAAUUGGCGCGCACAGCGGCCACACAGAAAGGCAUGUUUACCGCGCUCAGCCAUUUUCGGCUUGAUUUUUGCUCGGCACGGACAAGAUUUUGGUGCUGUGCCGAAUUGCAGUGAAUUUGGUUCGUUGAUGGUUCAUGAUCGAGCGGCCGGUCAAGCUUACGUGGGAGCGUUCCUCCAGUGAACUGUCAGGCGAAUAUCUGACGUUAGCCAAGAGCUCCAGGCCACCGGACUUAUUGGAGUCUACCAACUGUAGGGCAUAACCUCACUUAGCGAUGGGAAAGCGAGGAAGACCAAAGAAAAGCCAGCCACCAGCAAAGAAGACGAAGCGCCAGGAGGGGGAACGACGGUCAGCCGCUUCGGCCGGGCUGAGCGGCCAAGGCAUACCAGAGUCGGAGAACGACAGCAGUCCACCAUUUAGCCUUCCGGGAUUGCAUGUCCGGGAGAGCGAUCCAGCACAUCGUAUUCUAGGCCCAGCGGCAGGCGAAGCAGACUUGUUAACGGCAGGUACCAUCCAGCCAGCCACCAUGGUCGCACCAACCGGCCAGCCGCCCAGCCGCAGCCGGCGGCAAGCCAACUCCCAGCGUGUUACGGUCACCGGAGCAGAAGGACCGGCGGCCUGCGGAAACGACCGGGCUUCAACUUCAAGCGGGCCGUUGCCGACGUCUCUAUCAGGCGGUCCGCCAAAUUCGGCGGUGUGCGGGGGCCAAGCAGCAGAAAUCAGCGACGCCGCAAGUCCGCUUUCAAGUGCCCCGGCCAGCAGGAACCAGCAAAGGGGGGACAUCGCCUUCACCAACCUGCCGGCGCCGACUUCUAGUCAUGCAAGUCCUCCAGGGCCUCAACGAGCUCCCGUAGCCACGGCGAAUGACCCGGUUUGGAGGCUCUUGAACAAAACCCAUGGCUGAAUGUACAAUACUCGGUGACGCAACACCACGACAGUACCACUUCAGAACGACACGCGUUCGACAGAAAAGCUGUGAUUGGUUAAAGCCCACCUCAGCGGGAACUUUGCGCAAAGUUGAGUGGCUGGCAUGGACUAUUUCAUUUUACACAGUGGGCAGGGCUACGGUUUUCUUGACAGAUUUCGCUAAGCCAUAGGAAACUAAUUAACUUAUUGGAACUCUUGUGACGUACAUAUUUUUGUUUAUGUUACGUGUACUAAAGGGUGGUAAUGCCAAAUAUUGCCAAGUUUUCAUUGAAAUUGAUUGCGAUGGAAUUGAAAAGUUCCAAUACUCUGAAGUUAAACUUAAGUGGUCAUUCUUGUAAUAAGCGACUCCUCUGUAGCACAGUCGUUUCCUGCAUAAAUAGUUAAUAUUACCUUUAUGUAUUCUUCAUGUAUAUACCUGAAGCCUCUCUUUAUAUGCUAAAUCAAAUGGAUAAUUCUAAUAUGUCAUUUAAUAUGUGCUUUGCGUUUGAAUUUCUGCAAAUUAAGACCACUUCAAAAGCAUUGAUUUCUUUAUUUGCAUGUAUAUUUGUAAGAAGUAUACAUAAAUAACUAUAUUUUGUUGAAAAAACAUUACUUUUACAUUGAUACUUUAACAUCUAUCUACUCUUUAAUGUGGUGUGAUACACAAAAGGAUACGAUGCAUUGUAUGUGUACAAUCAGACUAAUGAAACUCAUACAUGUAGGCCUACACGGUUUGAAUAUAUCAUACUCAAGUGCAAAUCUCCCAGCACAAACAUUGACUUGUAUAAGUGUAACAAUUUUCAUUGUCGAGCUUGUGAAAAAAAAUAAACAUCACUUAGCGUGACAUUAAUUGAUUGCAUGCCGAUCAAUUUUGAUCGAAGAACAAAAGUACAAAAUACACUAAUUACAUCACA